UUCUUCCCAGAGUUGGCGAAGAGACCCAGAAGACCCAGAAGAACCAGAAGAAUACUUAAAAAACACAGAAGUAGAGAAUCUUCUCUAGUCAUCAUCUCUCGCAAGUUUAGGGAAAGCUCUGAAGAAAUUAGGGGUUUGCGAAUUCGAUCACGAUCCUUCAAUUACUUGGCGAUAUAAUGGAGAAAGUGAGACAACCAACACAUGCAGGCUCUUGGUAUACCGAUAAUCCUACAAAGUUGUCAUCUGAUCUGGAAGAAUGGCUUAGUGCAACUGGUUUGGUUAAAUCUCCUGAUGUUCGAGGCGUGAUUGCACCACACGCAGGUUAUUCGUACUCCGGUCGUGCAGCUGCCUAUGCCUUUGCAAACAUUGAUCCUACCAACAUUUCACGGAUAUUUCUUCUUGGUCCAUCUCACCACUUUUAUACUCCAAAAUGUGCCCUUUCGACUGCAACAGUUUACAAAACCCCCAUAGGAGAUCUACCCGUUGAUGUGGACUUGAUUAAGGAGAUAAGAGCUAUGGGAAAAUUUGGAAUGAUGGAUCUUCGGGUAGAUGAGGCUGAGCACAGCAUGGAAAUGCACUUGCCAUAUUUGGCCAAAGUAUUUGAAGGGCACGAUGUGAAAGUUGUACCCAUCUUGGUUGGAGCAGUAAGUGCUGAACAUGAAGCCAUGUACGGUGAAUUGCUUGCCAAAUAUGUGGAUGAUCCCAAGAAUUUUUUCUCAGUUUCCUCUGACUUUUGCCACUGGGGCUCAAGGUUUAACUACAUGCACUAUGACAACACUCAUGGUGCCAUACACAAAUCUAUUGAGGCUCUCGACAAGAAAGGAAUGGAUAUUAUAGAGACAGGAGAUCCAGAUGCCUUUAAGAAGUAUCUUCUGGAGUUUGACAACACGAUUUGUGGGCGCCACCCGAUCAGUAUUUUUCUCCAUAUGAUAAAACAUUCUUCAAGCAAGAUUAAGAUCAAUUUCCUGCGGUACGAGCAGUCAAGCCAAUGCCAGACAAUGCGAGACAGCAGUGUCAGCUAUGCAUCUGCUGCAGCCAAGUUGGAAACCUGAACUAAACAAAAGAUGGAAACUUGGUGUGCUAAAAAUUCCCAUUUGCUAUUUUACAUUUUAGUUUCAAGGUUUUUUCAGGGUCGAAAUGUAUCUUCUAAACACAUUUGACAAUGCAAAGAACCUUAGAAAACCAAAGGUUUCGUGCUUACAAUCCUCUGUAAUAACAACAACUAAAAAGCACAAGACUCUCUCUUCUAUUGAUAUCUAAUUUUUCA